GUUCGAGGGGGUCCGAAGACGCCGGUUUAUGACGGGGAGGCUUGCGUGGAGGUUGUCUCUCCGUUCUUUCGCUCCCUGGGCCCUCGGGAAAAACCCAGCACCCCGACCCUGUGGCCAGCCCCUUCCGCCAGGCUCUCUCCGCUCGAUUUCGCCACCGUUAUGUGGGAAGCGAAUCCGGAGAUGUUUCACAGAACAGAAGAAUUCUUAUCCAAGACUGCAAACAGCGAGACAGAUGAGAUGGACACGUCGGACACGCAGUGGGGCUGGUUUUACCUGGCAGAGUGCGGGAAGUGGCACAUGUUUCAGCCGGAUACCAACAUUCAGUGUUCAGUUAGCAGUGAAGAUAUCGAAAAAAGCUUCAAAACAAACCCUUGUGGCUCCAUUUCUUUUACUACUUCCAAAUUCAGCUACAAGAUAGACUUUGCAGAAAUGAAGCAGAUGAAUCUCACCACCGGAAAACAGCGCUUAAUAAAAAGAGCCCCUUUUUCUAUCAGUGCUUUCAGUUAUAUCUGUGAAAAUGAGGCCAUCCCCAUGCCACUCCACUGGGAGAAUGUGAAUACCGACCUGCCCUACCAGCUCAUUCCUUUGCACAAUCAAACACACGAAUACAAUGAAGUUGCUAGUCUCUUUGGGAAAACAGUGGAUCGCAACAGAAUUAAAAGAAUUCAGAGAAUUCAAAACCUAGACUUGUGGGAGUUCUUUUGCAGGAAAAAGGCUCAGCUCAAGAAAAAAAGAGGCGUGCCCCAGAUUAAUGAACAGAUGCUGUUUCAUGGCACCAGCAGUGAAUUUGUGGAAGCAAUUUGCAUUCAUAACUUUGAUUGGAGAAUCAAUGGUAUACACGGUGCUCUCUUUGGAAAAGGAACCUAUUUUGCUCGAGAUGCUGCUUAUGCCAGCCGCUUCUGCAAAGAUGACGUAAAGCACGGAAACACAUUCCAGAUUCACGGCGUAACCCUGCAACAGCAGCAUCUGUUUAGAACGUACAAAUCUAUGUUUCUUGCCCGAGUGCUGAUUGGAGAUUACAUAAACGGAGACUCCAAAUACGUGCGCCCUCCUUCCAAAGACGGGAGCUACGUGAAUUUGUAUGACAGCUGUGUGGAUGACACCUGGAAUCCCAGGGUCUUCGUGGUGUUCGACGCCAACCAGAUCUACCCCGAGUACUUGAUAGACUUUCAUUGAUUUCAUUUCCAAGCUUCCAUGGUCGAAGAAGUUUUAUUUUUCGCAGGGAGAUCUGCUUGCCGGUCACCUAGCUGCUCAAUGUUAAUUAUUUGAUCGUUUUGAAACAGAUAUGAAAGAAAGGGGCCGCCCUAUAAAAAGACAUACUGACUUUAGGGUUGGUUUGUUGUUUGUUUUUGUCCAUUACUCAUCUUUGUUACAGAUCGAUACCAUUGCUGUUUUAACACCUGGGGUGAAAGACAGCGCUCAGAACGCAAUCAGCUGAGUCCCUCCAUCUUUAACGUUUACAUCCGUGUCUUCAGGGUAAAUGUUUUCAGCUCAAAUAGACUGAUUCAUAUGUAUGUUCAAAAAAUAAAAAUAUAGGCAUAAAGGUGUCCCUUCAGAGGAACUGAGCCUUUGUAAACGAAUUCUGAGAUGAUGGUGCACCGAUCUACGUGUUGCCUUGUUAGUCUUCCGAAGAGGGGUGGAAUUCAAAACCUUGAAGCAGCCUGAGUACCUUGAGGGAAAUAGAAACAAGAGAAUCGUUGGCAGUGCUGCCAGACAAGCCAGAAGGGGAGGAUCAGGACAGGGCGCCCUGCUCCCGGUGCCUUCGGGCGGCAGGCUGCACACUCGGCCUAGCCCUUCUCCUCCUCUUCUGCUGAACUGACUGUAAUCAGCCCGCGCGUCAUCCCCCAGCGCUCCUGAAUUCUUGUACCAAGACUUACUGCACAAGGCUUUUAUUGCAUCUUCAGAAUGAAACUUUUAUUUAUUAUUUAAAACACAUACUUUCCCUUUGUUUUGGGGUCCCUACAAUGAUUACUUCUAAGAGAUUUUUUUUAUCUGCCGCCCCCCCCACAGCUAUUCAGCAAGGAUUUAUAAAAUCCACACUUCUAAAUCGUAUCUCCCCAUUUUGAAUCGUCUGCAGAAAGCCUGGGAUGCUUGGAACAAAGCUGGGUUACUCUUUUGAGCAGCAGUUGACAAUCUGCUAACUCUCUUGAAAAGUUAGGUAUAAUGCAUAAUCGCGCCCAGUGGAAGUUUGCUUACCUGCUGCAUCUGUUUGGCUCUUCUGUUUUAAGGAGGGCUGAGUGAUGUUGGAACAGCCCCUCAAGCUAUUCUAGCAGAGGCUGGACAGCAACAAGGCAGAGAUGUCACACAGGAGUUUGGGUGUCAGGUGGGGGAAUUGGCCAUACGACUGUUAAGUGUUUUUCCAACCUUGAUUUUCUAUGAUUCUACCUGAAAAAAAAAAGAACACUGGUAUCUUUUCUGAGAAACCUUUUUCUAACUCAGUUUAAUACUAAAUUCCCUCUCCAUCAUCUUCACUCCGUUUGGGCUGAAAGGUAGUGAACGUAAUUUAACUUCUCAAGAAAAAUCCAGUAAAUGUCUAUGCCUGGGACGCUCGUUCCCUCACUUGAACUGGGAAGGCAUCUAGGAAUAAUACAAAUGAGGAGUAGGGAGCAUGAUUAGGUGUGUAAUUCUUCAGCUGCCACAUACCCCCAGAUCCUCGUCGUAGCCCAGAGUACACGUGAUUGUGCAGCCGAAAGUAAGUCGUGCACAGGGAGUACCUAGUGCUCAGGAAGUUGCAUGUCCAAUGCUUUGCAGUCAAGUGACAACAAACGCUUCCCAAUUCUGAUGUGCAGACUAACAGCCGGUUUCGAUGAAGCGCUGUUAGUGUUUGGAAAGGACACAUCUUAGAAACACGCCGAGGUCAUCAGGGAAAUAAAGGCGGGAAAGUCACCAGGCUGCCUUGUGGGAGGUGGCACACCGCUGCUCCGGACUCGCUCCCAAAAGAGGACCUUAGAGACAUCAGGGAGUCAGAUUCUGAAAAGCUCUUUCUUCUGCUUACUUGUUAUUUGCAUACAAAAUGAUGUCAAAAUGGUCUGCACUUCAACACGGCUACCUUUUCUUUUUUUCCAACUUAACAUGAUUGCCUCUUGUAUCACUUGAAUGGGAUAACUGUUGUAGCUUUGGGGGUUGUUACUCCUUUGGACACGUGCCGAUCUGAUCUACAGGAGACUAAGAGCCCAAGGUUGAAACUUGCAAGGCAACCGGUGUGAACUCUGCACUUCGCUAGCUGGCUCGUCUCUAGUAGGCAGAGUGCCCUGCGAUAGACACUGUGAGUAACAACUGUGCUGUUAUUCAUGUCUGAGACCCUACUCCAACUCCCCUUUUAUAAGAAAGGGCUGAUCGUGAUGACCUUUUUAAACGUGAUAGUGUUGAGUUCGUCAAUGUUAGUGUUCUCUUUGUUUUCAUCAGUAGAUCGAGUUGAGAAUCGUAUCAUCAGUGUAAUCAGACCAGACACCGCCGUUUGCCAUCUUUUCUCUUGUCCUCACAUAGUGUUGGGGGUGGGAGUGGGGAGAGAAACAUUCCAGAGUCAUGAAUAAAUGAUUUUUAAAAUUCUGCAUUAAAUACACUCCAGCUGAUAGUAACUCUUCUUUUCCACUUUGGUAAUAUCAGCCUCAGGGUGAAAAAAAACUGUGUUUAUAAGAAACAGUCUCCUAAAUCUUGGCGGUAACGAACAGGAAGGUUUUGUAUUAAUGCCAAAUACAAAAUACAAUAGACUGUUCCAGUGAGGGUGGUCAAGACUUGGGAGCCAUGUUGGAUGUAUGAAUGUAUUGUUUCUACGUGGAGUGAUUAAAGCUUUCCGUAGCAGGUCCUGGA